GGUAUAAUCGACGGAGCUAAAAGGAAUGGAUACAAAAGCUGAGAUCCUCACCCUUAGGGAGUGAAGGGUAAAGUAAUUUGGAUAAAUUGAGAGAUGACAGGGAAGGAAAAAAGAAAAACUAAGAUCUCGAUUUCCAUAUCUUAGUUGCCUAUCAGUUUAUGAGCCAGGUCUUCGUGACAGAGGUCUUGUUCUGUGUCUGUGUGUGAUGUGAGAGAACCUGAACUUGAGAGUGAUAGAGAAACUGCAAAGAAAAAGAAUGGCGAAAGAUAUGACGGGAGUCAAAGACGUCGCGGUGCGCGCUGGUCUGGGUGAUAUAGUGCCAAAUCGCUACGACGCUCUUCUAGUCGACCAAUUUGGCGUUUUGCACGACGGGAAUAUGGUGUACGAAGGCGUGGAGGACUGCCUCACAGAGUUGAGGAGACACCCAGUAAAAGUAGUGAUGCUUAGCAAUAGCACGAAGCGAGCGAAAAAGACGAUGCAGCGGAUGGUACUAGGUACAAGAUGAUAAUGUUUUCCGAAAGAUCUAGACUAUCAUGGAUUCUCAGACGCGGUCAGGUUUCCUUAUAUUGUAUGAAUGAGAUGACGAGCACGAGAGAACUUCCUGCCGAAAAGGAACUAGAAGUGUCCUCACAACUGUUUGCCUUUGCCUUCCUUCACUCAAGCCGUCAUGCUUCACUGCACACACCGACUAGGCCGAGCGGCAGAAAGUUUCGUCGGACAAGAUAGACGGGUUCGUGACUUCGGGGGAGCUUGUCUGGCAGCUCUUUCAUCACGUGCCGGCGAAUGAAGACGAAGACACAGUGUCGAAACUCGGGCUUGGCCGAAAAGCGUUCGUAUUCGACGUCGGUGACGGCUACUUGCCAGAAUUUCUGGAAGGCUUGGAGGGACGCUUGGAGUUUGUAGACAGCAUAGAAGAUGCAACGCUUCUCUUUGCUUUUGGGUAUGGUGCAAUCGCGGACUCCAAGGGCCACUGCGUUCGCAAGUUGCAAUUCACAAUGAACCGCAGUGGAAGCACACCGGUUGUGCACCACAAUACUGGAAGUAACGGAGAUGGCGUGCAGAAGAAUCCUCAAAGUGGAGCAGCAAGUGGCUGCGCUCCUUCUAGUGAACAAGAAGGUCAACACAUGCAUUUGACGACUAAACAAAUUUCCGAAGCGCACGCAGAAGAGGAACGAAUAGUAGAUGAGAUUUUGGCGAAAGCGGCCGCUCGAAAUCUGCCAUGUCUGUGCGCAAACCCUGACUUGAUGUCAGCGCCACGUAUGGACGGCACGCACGACCUGGUGGCAGGCUCUCUCGCAGCCAGAUACGUGCAGAAGUUUGGUGGUCGUGCCAUCUACUACGGCAAACCCCACGCGGUGAUCUACGACGAAGCGCUGGCGUACUUGAAGAGGGAGCACGGCGUGCCAGUCGAAACUGCGGAAGAUAAACGGCGGAUCGCCAUGGUUGGCGACAGCUUGAUGCACGACAUAUGCGGCGCACAGGGUGCAGGCAUCGACAGCAUUUGGCUCACUGGCGGCGUACAUUACGAAGCUUUGGGCAUAGCACCGGGUCCUUCGUGUGACACCAACAGAGUCGAUUCGGAUAAGGCCGCGAGAGAAUUCGCGAGGUGGGGAGCGACUCCGACGUGGCAAGUUGGGGGCUUUCAGUGGUGAGCAAAACGUAACAAGCAUUUGUGAGAUCCGCAGACCAUGCUCAUCAAGUCAUAUCCGUGUUGUACCUGUGCACAUGUAAAGCAGGCCCGUGCUUUCGUUCUUGAUAACACAAGCUGCAGUGUAGUGGAAGCAGCAGCAAGUGCGUAAAAGCACGCGAUUAAUUCUCGCGUAAAAAAAUGCUGGAGGGGAAACAGAGAAGCUCCUACUAUACCUACCCGUACACUUUACAACUUCUAGGCAGGCAAUA